AUGGACAUUAUCGAGUUUUACCGGUUAUGUAUAGAAAAUAACAAAUACAAACCAGAGAGGCUCACUUAUAUAAAGGCUGCAGAUAAAUUUAUAAAGGGUUUGCAAGAUAUAGUGGGCAUGUUAACCGAUGCAGAUACUAUAAAAAAAGCAUUAGAACUUAAAGAGAAAAUAAAGGCAAUUGAUCGUAUUGUUUUGAUCGAAGUUUCAAUUCAUACAUCAAACUUCAAAGCCGUGGAAGUACGAAGUACACGGUGGCCAUUUUCAUGGAAUUCUGUAGUAGAGUAUAUGCAUGUAUUUGAGCUAAUUGCGUACUUUACGAAAAAUCUUCAUGAUCAAGAGAAGGUGAUGAGGAUGAUGGUCAAUGAACAACGCGGCCUGGUUGAGGUUAAAUCUACCACAGUUAGCCAGUUGCUAAAAAGCGCAUUAUUUAGUA